AUGUUAAAAUCUAGUCCGGGAAAUAAUGAAAACACAUUUAAGGGCGAAUCCAAUUCAACGAAUUCGAAUGGGUCAUCAACGACAGCACCAAGAACGCCAUCAAGACAAGUUGAACUGGUCAGGAUGUUUCCAUUUAUGCGACCAACAGUGACGUCCACAGCAAAACCAUCGACCAGUAAAGGUGCAUUUAGACCUAGUUCACAUACUUAUCCGUAUCAAAGAUAUACGCCAAAGGUGUCAUGGACAUAUGCGUUUAUAUUCUUGGCAGAUAAAGAUGAAAAAUCU